UUAUUUUUUCAAUCAUCAUUAAGGGUGCCCUUUGGGUGGCCCCUCUCUUGAAAUUCUCCCUAAUUGUUUAUUUUCCGGGUUAAAAAAAUAAAAAUAAAAAAAAGACUAUAACCCUUGUUGUCUCUAACCCUCAAAAUUUACAUUUUACAACUCUCUUUCUCUCUCUGGAUUCAUCCAUCCAUUUUUUCCACAAAAAAGUUGACGAAUUAUCACAAACCAUUUCCGUUUUCCAUCAUCAAUUCACCUUUCGACUUCCCCCAAUUUGAAGAAGAGAUAAGAAGGGUGGCAGAAUAAGGAUUGCGCGCAAAUUAAGGUUUUCGACGAGAUCGGAAAUUUGAAUCUUCCCAGAAAUUCGAAGAUUGUGAUGGCGGAGCAGCAUUCUGCGGAGGGUGCCAGCACCAGUGAUGCUUCUGCUUCAGUUGCAGACUCAAGUUUGGAGCUCAAUAUCAAGACUUUGGACUCUCAAAUCUAUAAUUUCCGUGUCGACAAGAAUAUGUGUGUAUCAUCAUUCAAAGAAAAAAUUGCUGAUCAAGUUGGUGUACCUGUGGGGCAGCAACGGCUGAUUUUCAGGGGAAAGGUUCUAAAGGAUGAGCACUUACUCUCUGAGUAUCAUGUGGAAAAUGGUGACACCUUGCACCUAGUCGAGAGGCAACCAACCCAGCCACAAACUUCAUCUGGUACUGGUACCUCUGGUAAUAGUAGUACUCAAGGAACUGAUGGCAACGCUGCUGUUCCUCGCAACCGUAUUGGGCAAAUUUCCCACAGUGUAGUUCUUGGGACCCUCAAUGUUGGGGAUCAAGGUGAAGGAGGUGUUACUGAUCUUAGUCGGGUCAUUGGAGCAGUUUUAAAUUCAUUGGGUGUUGGUAAUCAAACCACAAAUGCUGCUUUUGGUGGUCCAAAUACUGCUCCUGCAAAUCCUUCUGGUCCAAUUCCUCAAGGAAAUGAGACAGAGCAAGGUCGUGGUGGCAAUGGGAGUCAAAACCAAGCUAAUCUCCCACAGUUUGGGCAGCCAUUCUUAAGUCAACCAUUUCAUGGUCCCUUAGCAGGAAUAUCUAUCCCUCCACCAUCAGUAAAUAUGCCAAUUCCAGAUUCACUUACUACACUCACUGAGUUCAUGAGUCGUAUGGAGGGGGUGCUGUCACAAAUUGGUCAUCAGUCCUCUCCGUCGCCAAGUGGCACGACAGAUCAAUCAGCUACUGAGUUGCCCUCAACUUCCCGAGGAUUGCCUACACCUGAAGCACUCAGCAUUGUUUUAAGACAUGCACAACGGCUUCUUAGUGGUCCAGCUGUUGCAGCACUUUCUCACAUUGCAGGACGCAUGGAGCAAGAGGCUGCCUCAACUCAAACUUCUGUGAGGAGCCAGAUCCAGAGUGAAGCAGUACAAGUAGGUCUUGCGAUGCAACAUUUGGGUGCUCUUUCGCUAGAGCUUGGUCGGACCAUAUUGAUGUUGCGAAUGGGGCAGUCUCCUGCAGAGGCAGUGGUUAAUGCUGGUCAUUCAGUCUAUAUAUCACCAUCAGGACCUAAUCCUAUAAUGGUCCAGCCUUUCCCCCAUCAGACUAGCCCUCUCUUCAACACUCCUGCAGUUCCUGCACCAAAUACGGGAAGCUCAGUUCCUGUUGGGAUAAUUGGAAGUGCUCCAAGGAAUAUAAACAUUCACAUACAUGCUGGGACGUCACUUGCUCCCAUGGUCUCUGCCACAGGUGCAAGAGCUGCUGGUGGAGAAGGUGCACAGGGAGAGCGCAAUGGUGUUACUGCAUCCGGUGAUUCUGGUGCAGCUCGGGUUCCGGUGAGGAAUGUCAUUGCUGCUGCUGUACCAUCUCGUACUGCAACUAUUGCUGUUUCCCCAGUUCCUAAUACGUCGCAACCUAUUGGUGAUGUUUCCACCUCCCAGCCACCUGAUGCUGCUGCACUAUCAUCAGUUAUUUCUCAAGUAAAUUCUCGGAUCAGAAAUUUGCUUGAAAACAUGCGCACGGAUAACCAGACUCCUGGGGAGCAGGAGCAUCCUGUAGUUCCAAGCUCUACUGGAACUGGUGGAGGUAGUGCUGGUGCAAUUAAUUUGUCUAGCAGCAUGCAUUUUGAGAGUAGUGGGGAAGCAUGCGAAUCACAUGUGCCUAGACAACAUGUCCAAGAGGAUUUAACUGAAAGGAAGGCGAAUGCUCAAAGUGAUUCUUCCAAGUCAAAUCAGGGAUCUGUUUGCUUGGCGGAACCCUCGUCGAGCCUUGGGAGUGGAGAAGUUGCUGACAAGUCUACUGGUGCCAGAGAAAUUCCACUUGGUUUAGGUGGAGGUCUGCAGCCCAAGAGAAGAAGUCAGCAAUCCAAGGUGCAGCCAGUGAGUGGUGAAGCUGGACCUUCUAGUAGUGCUGAUCAGAGUCAACAAGCUAAAAUUGCCGGCCAGCAGAUUUUGCAGUCGCUUGCAUCUCGAAGCACCGCUGGUAAUAUAAUCAAUCCUGGUAGUGGGCAAACUGGGCUAGGAGUUGGGCAGUCUGUGGCAGAUACGCGAGCAAUUGCACAAGGUUCGGAUGGGCAGUUAGAUGUAACGGGUACAAUGUCGCAGCUUCUUCAGAGUCCUGCUUUAAAUGGACUUCUGUCUGGGGUUGCUCAGCAGACUGGGGUUGGUUCCCCUGAUGUUCUGAGGAAUAUGUUACAACAGUUCACGCAAAACCCAGCAAUGAGAAACACAGUUAACCAACUUGCUCAACAAGUAGAUAGAGAAGAAUUUAGGAAUAUGUUUGAGGGUAUGGGAACAGGUGGAGAUGGCACUCUUGAUUUUUCAACUAUGUUUCAGCAAAUGAUGCCUGUUGUUUCACAAGUUUUUGGCGGUAGCUCAGCUCAGAAUGAACAGCUACGAAGCAUGAUACCUGAACUGCUGCCGCAGUUGGAUGGUAGAAGCUUAGAAGACAAUUUAUUGGGUCUGAUUUCUCAGAAUAACAUCCAGGAGGUGGCUCAAAGGAUUGCACUUUGUAGUCCAUCUCAAGAUAUAUUUCGUGCUAUGGUUGAAAAUGCUGCUGAACGCACUGGAACUGCUGAAGGGGAAUUUAUAGAUGGCUUAUCUAGCAAUCAAGAACUUGUUGAUCAAUUUGUAGAGAUGCUUCGCAGCGAUCUGGGAAAUUUUCUUCAGGAAAAUCCUCCUUCAGGUGGCAAUUCUUAAGUCAUACAAUGAAUUGUGGUCUACCUCUUCACCAAGCGGUGAUGUGAAUUUCUGGCUACUGAAAUGUCUCUGGUGCCAUAACUGACUAUUACUUGAAAAAAGCUGUAUAAAACCUCAUACAAGUGCGGGUAAAAAAUUAUAUCUAUGCAACUAUUGAUAGAUCACUUGUACAUCUUUGAGUGCUAGCUAAUGCUAAAGUGUUUUCUUUGGCAUCAGUUGUUGGUGAAUGAGCUUGCGCUGAGGCAAAUUCUACGUCAGAGCUGAUUGAUUAUACAAAUGCUUUUCAUUUUGCAUCACUGUGAAAUGUUACUAUGAUUAUUUUGCUGCAAAACAUUUUAAGAUAUCUCAUAGCAGACUGUACUUGAGUUUUGAGGUGGUAGCUAUUACUUGUUAGUUAUGUCUGAUUAGUUAUUGGCUUCUGACUUGAUCUUCAGGCCAACUUUUUCUACAUUGUCCCAUUAUAUGUGUAAUUUCAGUUACUACUA